UGCAGUUAGCAGUGUUUGACCACCGGGGGGUGCAGUUUGACAACUUCAGCUCGUGCUCAGUGAACUGGCUGACCUCUAACUACUCCCUGCUGUCCCUGCCCUCACACACACACAUGGGCCUGGCAGACACACAUACACCCAGCGGCCACAGCAAACUGCACGGUCGUCAGGUGCUCCGCGCCCACGAUCUAACAGGGACAGUCACCAUCACUGUGGCCCUCACACCUGCACAGGACUCAUGGGCAACACCGCUGACUGCGUCUGUGCAUCUGAGACUGGUGGAGGACGUGCUGUGGGACAAACGUGCUAUAACCCUCUAUAACCACCCUGACGUCACUGAGAACCUGACAUUGGUUCAGGGUUCAGGACAAUUCUUGGUUCGUCUUCAGGACAGAGAGCUGGCCAACAUCACUUACCUGGAGAACAGCAAUGUUGUACAGGUGUCUCCCCAGCGGCCCGGCCUCUCCUCCAUCCUGGCCUAUGACCUGUGUUUGACCUCUGCUGACCCUGCCGUGACCUCCAUCUCCAUCUCUGACAUCACUGACUUCCAGAUAGACUUUGUUGACAUUGUGGAGGUGGACCACAGUGCUCUGGUUCGUGUGCGUGUUCUAGACUCUAACAGGCAACCGUUCCUACAUCGUUACCUUCCUCUGAUGCACCUCAAACUGACCCCCUCCUCACCCAUCCUCACUGUGGAGCCUGCAGGGCCGUUGGACAGCGUCUCCGUAGGUUACCGUGUGUCGGGUCAUACAGUGGGAGUGGUCAGUCUUCACCUGUCUGCAGUGGACAGCAGUGGGAGUGUCCGGACUUCCUCUCACAAACAGCUACAGGUCUACCCCAGAUUCACCCUGCAGCCACGAAGUCUGGCACUGACACUGGGCAGCGUAGGACAGGUGAAGUGGGAGGGCGGCCCCCACCCCCAGUCCAGUGUGGGCUUCUCUGUGAGUGACAGCCGCAUCGCCACGGUGACCGAGACAGGAUUGGUCCGUGGAGUGGCAGUGGGCAUGGUCAAACUCAGAGGGGCGUUGCAGACCGUCACUCAGGACACCGGAGCUCUGCUCACCUUCGCACAGGAUGAGGUGGAUGUGGAGGUGUUUAACCUGACAGGGGUCAGGAUCCAGGGCCCUCUGGUCAAACUGUCUGUGGGCACUGAGAUGCCAGUGUAUGUGAUGGGCAGUGACAGUAGUCAGAACCCCUUUGCUCUGGGCAGUGUAGAGUCUGGUCUCUCCUUCCACUGGAAUCUGGGCAAGCUUGGAGUACUGGAGAUACAAACCCGACACACUCAGGCGGGGGUGACUGUCUCUCCAGCCCAUAGUUUCUCUGUGCUGGUGAGGGCAUGGGCAGCGGGCAGGACCAGUUUGAGAGUGACAGUUCAGCUGGCCAAUCACACGUCAGCCUCCCACCAGCAGCUUUCUGAUGAGAUACAGAUACUGGUGUACCAGGAGAUGCAGCUGGCUGUAGGAACCUCCAGAUCCAUCCUCAUGUCUCCCUACUCACACUACGCACUACAGAGCAACAAAGACGCUAUCUGUCCUGUGCGGUACGCCCUGUGUCAGUGUGUGAAAGGGGAGGGUCUUGUAACGGUGGACAGCCAGGGAGUUCUGAGGGCGGGGCCUGACACGGGAUCCGCCCUGCUGGAGGUCAUCGCUAUGGAGACCUGUGGGGUCAACCAGACCCUGCUCAUCAGCGUCCGGGUGUCUCCAGUGUGGUUUGUCAGGCUAUUCAGUGUGUCCAGCCUGUACAGUGUUGGAGGGGAAGGCCUGCCUGCCUUUCCCCUGGGCUGGACCAUCAGAGUCAGGGCUCUCUGCUACGACAACCUGGGACAACAGUUCAACGCCCAUAACACCCUCACACACAUUACCACCAACAGGGAUGACUUGGUGCAGGUGACUCCAGACUCAGACAGUCAUUCCUUUGUGGUCCAGACAGUGUCUGGGGGUUUGACAGUCCUAGGGGUGCAGGCAGACCCCACCAACCCCUCCCUGAGUGAUUACACCCCCCUCCCUGUCCUCCCCGCCAUCUCUGCCCCCCCACACACACUCAGGCCCGGAGACACACUCUGCUUCAACACCCCCCUGACAGGACCGCAAGGCCAGCCAGGUCAGUGGAACGUGUCGUCUAGUCGUGUUCUGCAGAUUGACCCAAAGACGGGAGCUGCUCUGGCAAAGCAUUCUGGGACGGUAGUGGUCUACUACAGACUGGAAGGUGGACAGCAGGCCCUCAGAGAGGUGAAGGUGGACUCUCCAGUCAUCCCAGAACUCUCUCCUCCUGAUGAUCGUUUCCUCACCAACUGGCCUGACGCAGCUGACUACACGGUUCCUGUGGAACUAUACACCUCCCCCUUCAACACAGCCCAGUGUUCCCUGUCCCAGAGGGAGGCCAUAGAGAAGAGGCUGCAGCCAGAGGCAGAGUUACGGUGUUUCCUGCAUUUCAGCGCCCCCUACCUCCAGCUCAACACGCUGCAGGCUGUGAUGGUCACCACGCCUCACUAUGACCUCGACACAGGUGAAUACAGCUGCAGAGUCUCUGUCCGUCCCCAGUCAGACUCAGUCCUCCACCUCCUCUCCUCCCUCUCUGUCUCCGUCUCUCUCUCAGCCUCUCUGCGGGGCCAGUCCCCCAUCCCUGUCCUCCCUCUCUCUGCUCUGUCGCUACCUCUCUCCGGACGUUUGGUACAGUUGCCGUACCUGCCUGCGUUCCACUGCCCAGUGUCUUUCCUGGUGCUAUCUGCUCUGCAUCCCAUGGCAGAGUUCUCUGUGCUGGGCACCAAGGAGGUGCUCUCUGCCCUACAGUUCCACUCUGACAGUACUGACGUGCUGCUAUCUGAGCCCAGUCAAUCAGACGGACAUCUGGUGUUGUCUGUAUACAUUUCCACUUCCUGGGUCAAAAGUCAGGCCCUGCCCCCUCCUGCCAACAUCACCCUCUCCAGCCACCUGACCCCACAGACUCAUGUCCUUACAGUUUACAUCACGGUGGACAGCGAGGUGAAGAUAGGUUCCACAGAUCUGAUUCGUCUACAAUCUUCCUGGACUCAGCUCCUCGACUUCCAUCUCAUCCUGGUCUUUGCUGUGUUUGCAGUUAUGGCCACUACUGCCACCUUAUACAUAGUGCAUAACUCCUGCAUGCAGACGGUUCCUGUCCCGGUGGUCGGCCUUUACCCAAACACACUGGAAUGCAGCAGGACGGUGCGUUUCUCUCCCUGGAUCAGACCCUCGUCUCCAGACACAGAAAGGAUCAUCCGCCGUCGCAACUGGCUCUGGAGCACACGGUGACACGAACAGCCCUGUGAAUGAUCCAUGUUGAAACCUUCCAACUAAACAAUUCCCUGACAAACAUUGUCGUUGCGUUGGUCCAUUUAAGGCACAGGUGUCAAACUCAUUCCAGAGGGACGAGUGUCUGCCGCCUCCCUUGUACUUGAAUUAAGGUCACUGAUUAGUAA